GAGCUUUUCCACGUCAGUGUGUUUACCAAGACUAGAUUGACAGCUGCAGGAAGGAGUUGAAUUUAUUCACUUAUGGGGCAUUUUAUUGAAUAGUGAAUACACAAGUGGAGUUUGGAAAUAUUACGCUAUCACGCAGUGGAAUGUCCGACAUUUUUAUUUGGUCCGGUUGUCGUAGUGAACUGAACUUUGGUCUUCUUCAUUCACUGUUGGCCGGCUAGCCUGCUAGCUUGCUUAACUAGGCUAGCAUUAGCUACAGCAGGACUCCGUCUUUGGAAUAGCAGCCACACACAGAAAAGCAGCAUGGUGGACAAGAGUAUCUACAUCGUCCAGGGGGAAAUUGGCACCGUUGUUGGAGCUAUCAAGAGGAACUCCAGAUGGAAUACGCACACUCCACUGGACGAAGAACAGGACCCUUUACUUAACAGCUUUGGCCACCUCAAGGAAAUACUCAACCACAUCCAAGAGCUCUCUGACGUUGAGCCAAACGUUUUCCUGAGGCCCUUCCUGGAAGUGGUCCGCUCCGAGGACACCACCGGACCAAUCACAGGCCUCGCCCUCACUUCUGUCAACAAGUUCCUUUCCUAUGGCCUCAUAGACGCCGACCAUGAAGCCGCAGCAGAGGCCAUUGAGAACAUGGCCGACGCCGUCACACACGCUCGGUUCGUGGGAACGGACCCGGCCAGCGAUGAAGUGGUCCUGAUGAAGAUCCUCCAGGUCCUGAGGACUCUGCUGCUGACCCCGGUUGGAGCCCACCUGACCAACGAGUCCGUUUGUGAGAUCAUGCAGUCCUGCUUCAGGAUCUGCUUCGAGAUGCGCCUCAGUGAGCUCCUCAGGAAGUCAGCUGAACACACACUGGUGGACAUGGUGCAGCUCCUGUUCUCCAGACUUCCACAGUUCAAAGAGGAGGCCAAGAGCUUUGUGGGUGCCAACAUGAAGAAGUUGAAGAUGCGCGCCGGUGGGAUGAGCGAGUCAUCCAAAUGGAAGAAGCAGAAACGCUCACCGAGGCCGCCUCGCCACAUGGUCCGAAGUCCCUCCGGUCAGAUGGACUCAACCCAGUCCGGCACCCUGAGCAACAACAACCUUUCAGGUGGCGUCCCGUUCAUUGAGCCAGGCUCGUCCACCUCCAGCCUACUGGCUUCAGACAGCGCGGCUUCGUCCACCUCCAGCCCCACAACCACAGACAGUGGUCUGGACACCUGUUCCAAAGCCACCUCCAGGGAAGACCUUUCUGACCUGGAACAGUGUAACUCUGCUACCGCACUUCCUGGGUCUGAGCCCGGCUCUCCGGAUGCACAUUCUGCGGACAGGCAGGCUGGUCCGGCUCAGUCGGCCUCGGUGGAGUCCAUCCCGGAGGUUCUGGAGGACAAAGACUCCGUGACAGAGCAGUCAGACAGCAGCUCCAUCCACGACAUAGACUAUGUCAAUCCCAGAGGUGUGCGCUUCACACCGUCCACACAGAGAGACGGAGCGUCCCUCAUCCCUUAUGGCCUUCCGUGUCUGAGGGAGCUGUUCCGCUUCCUGAUCUCACUCACCAACCCACAGGACCGCCACAACACUGAUGCCAUGAUGCACAUGGGCCUGCAGCUGCUCACUGUGGCGCUCGAGUCAGCGCACAUCACGAACUACCAGUCACUGCUCGGACUGGUCAAAGACGAGCUCUGCAGACAUCUCUUCCAGUUGCUGAGCGUGGACCGGAUGAACCUCUACACUUCCUCCAUACGAGUUUGCUUCUUGCUCUUUGAAAGCCUGAGGGUGCACCUGAAGUUUCAGCUCGAGAUGUACCUGAAGAAGCUGAUAGACAUCAUCACGUCAGAGAACAUCAAGAUGCCCUUUGAGAUGAAGGAGAUGGCUCUGGAGGCCCUGGUCCAGCUGUGGAGGAUUCCCAGCUUCGUCACUGAGCUGUACAUCAACUACGACUGUGACUUCUACUUCUCCAAUCUGUUUGAGGACCUCACCAAGCUGCUGUCCAAGAAUGCGUUCCCAGUGUCGGGGCAGCUCUACACCACCCACCUGCUGUCACUGGAGGCUCUGCUCACCGUGAUCGACAGCACUGAAGCCCACUGCCAGGCCAAGGUGCUCAACAGCACUCAGCAAGACCAGUCGGACACCCUGCUGGCGGAGGCAGAAGCUUCCACCACCAACGGGACGGACGCGACAGCUGAUCCUAACAGACUGGGCAGCACCAGUGAUCUGAGUCUUCCACCAGCUGAGAAUGCACCAGUGUGUCCACCAACCAGUGGCCACCUGAUGGCGGAGAAGAUGAGACUGGGCAGACAGGAUCAAGGGGAGAAUGACUCUGCGGAGAAGAGAGCCCCGAAGAAGCCUCAACGUUUCUCGUCAUGUUUACCUGAUUCCCAAGAGUUGGUGGACAUUAGAACCAAGAAAAAGCUGCUGAUCACUGGCACAGAGCAGUUCAACCAGAAGUCCAAGAAGGGAAUCCAGUUCCUGCAGGAGAAAGGUCUCCUCAGCAGCCCUCUGGACAACGACCAGGUGGCCCAGUGGCUCAGAGAAAACCCCCGACUGGACAAAAAGAUGAUCGGCGAGUACGUCAGCGACCGCAAGAACAUGGAGCUCCUGGACAGCUUUGUCAACACGUUCACCUUCCAGGGGCUUCGUAUCGAUGAGGCCCUGCGGCUCUACCUGGAGGCCUUCAGACUCCCCGGAGAGGCUCCUGUCAUCCAGAGACUCCUGGAAACCUUCACAGACAACUGGCAUAAAGUGAACGGCUCUCCCUUCGUGACCAACGACGCCGGCUUCGCCUUGGCCUACGCCGUCAUAAUGCUGAACACUGACCAGCACAACCACAAUGUCCGCAAGCAGAACAUCCCCAUGACCAUCGAGCAAUUCAAGAAAAAUCUGAAGGGAGUGAAUGGAAAUAAAGACUUUGACCAGGACAUGUUGGAGGAUCUCUACAACGCUAUCAAGAACGAGGAGAUCGUGAUGCCAGACGAGCAGUCCGGGUUGGUGAAGGAUAACUACGUCUGGAGCGUGCUGCUCCACCGCGGCGCCACGCCCGAAGGGGUUUUCCUCCACCUGCCACCCGGCAGCUACGACCACGACCUGUUCACCAUGACCUGGGGACCCACCAUCGCCGCCCUCUCCUACGUCUUCGACAAGAGCCUGGACGACAACAUCAUCCAGAAGGCCAUCACCGGCUUCAGGAAGUGCGCCAUGAUAGCAGCUCACUAUGGCUUCAGUGAUGUCUUUGACAACUUGAUCAUCUCCCUCUGCAAGUUCACCACUCUGAGCAGUGAGUCUGUGGAAAACCUUCCUACAGUGUUUGGCAGCAAUAAUAAAGCGCAGACCGCGGCCAAGACGGUGUUUGACCUCGCCCAUCGGCACGGCAACAUCCUGAGGGAGGGCUGGAAGAACAUCAUGGACGCCAUGCUCCAGCUGUUCCGGGCCGAGCUCCUGCCCAAAGCCAUGGUGGAGGUGGAAGACUUCGUGGAGCCCAAUGGGAAGAUUUCUCUUCAAAGAGUGGAGACGCCUUCUAAUCGCGGGGAGUCGGCGGUGUUGAGUUUCGUUAACUGGCUGACGCUGAGCGGAGCCGAGCAGUCGGGACUCAGAGGACCGUCCACGGAAAACCAGGAGGCCAAGCAGGCGGCCAUCCUCUGCAUCAAGCAAUGUGACCCAGAGAAGCUGAUCACGGAGAGUAAAUUCCUCCAGCUGGAGUCUCUACAGGAGCUGAUGAAGGCCCUGAUAUCAGUCACCCCGGAUGAAGAGACCUAUGAUGAAGAGGAUGCUGCCUUCUGCCUGGAGAUGCUGCUGCGUAUCAUUCUGGAGAACCGAGACCGUGUGUCGUGUGUGUGGCAGACGGUGCGAGACCAUCUCUGCCAUCUUUGUGUCCACCCCAACGAGAGCUGCUUCCUGGUGGAGAGGGCUGUGGUGGGACUCCUUCGGCUCGCAAUCCGCCUGCUACGGCGAGAAGACAUCAGCUCUCAGGUUCUCCUCUCCCUGCGUCUCCUGCUGAUGAUGAAACCUCCCGUGCUGUCCCGGGUCAGCAGGGAGGUGGCCUUUGGCCUCCACGAGCUGCUGAAGACCAACGCAGCCAACAUCCACAGCACGGACGACUGGUUCACGCUCUUCUCCUUGCUGGAGUGCAUCGGAGCCGGAGUGAAGCCGCCCGCCUCCUUCCAGCUCGCCUCCACCUCCACUGACAACGACACAGGAGCCCUGUCGGAUAGCGAGCUGCCAUCCCAUCAUGUCAGUGAAGUGAGUUUAGACCGAGGCUACACGUCUGACUCGGAGAUCUACACCGAGCACAGCAAGACCAGGAUCCCUCGCUCCACAACAGAUGUGGACGUAGCAAGCAGUGGAUGGCUCGUGGUUGGGAAAGAUGACCUUGAGAUGAGUAAGACCCCUCCAGUAAACUCCAAAGCUCAGUUGAACAACCCACUGGUCAACCAGUACAGCCUGACGCUGGGUCAGGACCUGGGCCAGCACGACACCAAGUCUCUCAUCAAGUGUGUCGAGACGCUGUCGUUCAUCGUCCGCGACGCCGCCCACGUCACGCCGGACAACUUUGAGCUGUGUGUCCGAGCCAUCCGAGUGUUUGUGGAGGCCAGCCUCAACGGAGGUUACCGCAACCACGACAAGAAGAAGAGCCACAAGUACGACUCCUCCAAGUCCCGGAUGAGAAAGAAGGCAGGGGGGCGGGACAAGGAGGCUGGAGGCGGGACCAGGCGAGCUGGCAGCCGGGCGUCCAAUCAGCGUCUGUCGCGUUCCCACAGCGACGAGGAGGAGGACGAGGGUGUGCCGGCCAGCUACCACACGGUGUCAUUACAGGUUAGUCAGGAUCUGUUGGACCUCAUGCACACUCUGCACACGCGGGCUGCCAGCAUCUACAGCUCCUGGGCAGAGGAGCAGCGCCACCUGGAGGCCGCAGGAAGAAAGAUCGAGGCCGACUCUCAGACUCUGUGGACCAGCUGCUGGUGCCCACUGCUGCAAGGCAUCGCUUGGCUGUGCUGCGAUGCCAGGCGUCAGGUCCGCAUGCAGGCCCUCACCUACCUCCAGAGGGCGCUGCUGGUCCACGAUCUGCAGACGCUGGAUGCAACCGAGUGGGAGUCGUGCUUCAAUAAGGUGCUCUUCCCCCUGCUGACUAAGCUGCUUGACAACAUAAGCCCAGCCGAUGUGAGCGGUAUGGAGGAGACCAGGAUGAGAGCCUGCACCCUGCUGUCAAAGGUCUUCCUCCAGCACCUGUCUCCUCUGCUGUCCCUGCCGACCUUUGCUGCCCUCUGGCUCACCAUUCUGGAUUUCAUGGACAAGUACAUGCACGCAGGGUCCAGUGACCUACUGUUGGAGGCCAUCCCUGAGUCCCUGAAGAACAUGCUGCUGGUGAUGGACACAGCAGGCAUCUUCCACAGCGCCGACUCCAGGACGGGGUACUCGGACCUGUGGGAGAUCACCUGGGAGCGGAUCGUGUGCUUCCUGCCCCACCUGAGGGAGGAGCUCUUCAAGCAGACGGUCAUCCCAGAUCCGGUGCCCAGUCCUCCAGCAGAGCCCGUGCAGCCGACACCCUCGGCAGGCCGGCCUUCAUCCCCUCAGGCGUCUCCACCACCUGCUCAGCCCCCCUCCCCAGUCCCAGUGAACCCUGCAGAGACCCGGACCUCCAGCAGGCCAGCGUCACCCCUGGAGCCCCAGCCAGGAUCCGACCGCUCGUCCCCGGUGCCGCACUCGAUUCCCUCCGUGCCGUUAACGACGUCCCCCGCCAUGUCCCCCUCGCCCUUGAGCCAGUCCCCCCUCAUCCUGCAGCCCCUCGCCUCCCCCCUGCAGGUGGGAGGCCCGCCCAUGUCCCUGCCAAUCAUCCUGAACCCCGCCCUCAUCGAGGCCACGUCCCCUGUGCCUCUGCUUCCUGGUCCCAGGCCCACGAGCCUGUCUGACGAGGUCAAUCAAAGGACCCCAAGCUAACCAUCAGGGAGGCAGUGCAUGAAUCCACAUAAUCUACAGUCAGUGUGUUGAUGGUGAUGAAGGUCCAUGCAGAGCAGCAGGGUGGCUCGUUGAUGAAGAAGACGCAUCCGGCUUUGACGCACACACACACACACACACACACACACACACUGUUGGUAGGGGGCCGUGUGCAGCUGCCUGUCGGUACCGGAGCUGAGCCGGUGACCCUGAAGGCCUUUAGAUCAUGAGCAGUCCCCACAGGACCAAUCCCCAGGGGCCUUCAUGGAAGCCCCGCCUCUUCUGAAUAUUCACUGACAUUAUAGCAUUUAAAUAACGGUAUCCAUCAUAUCAGACCUCACAUCUCAAUACAGCCCUUUGGACAAAGUGGUACAAUCAACUGACUGUAAAUACUGAAAUAUAUAAAGUGCACAAUAACAGAGUGAACUAGUUCAGAUAGAAGAUUUAAAGAAUUAGAAUGAUUUUUGAACAGAUUUGAGUCGAUUGAGACUGGAACGCGCGGUCAGAGCGAUCUGAUCUGAGGUCAGCAUCAGGGGGUGUUUGUCACUGGACCUCUGGUGCCGAGCUGACUUUGUGAUGAACUUCCACCUGCUGGGAGCUCUUUGUUGUGUGACGUCACUUGGUAACCAUGGAAACAAGUGUGCUCGUUAGCAUGUGAGUGUAGGGUUUCCCCUGAUGAGAGGGACUUGAACCCCCUCUGUUUAUGACUAAGACUGCUGGUAACAUUUGAGCCCCUUGAAUACGAAACAUGAACCUGACCUCUCUGAUUGGCUUUCAAUGGCCUUCUUCCCGCCCUGAGGCUCCGCCCACAUGACUCAUUUCAGGAAGACGUUGACGUGCGGUAACUCCCUCUGUGUAUUCGGAGGAGCCCCCUUAGAGACCGGCUGAUGGUGCCUUGUGUACGAUGACAUGACACCAUUUUAAUGCCAAAUAUGUGCCGUAAGGUGUCGGUGUGGAUCCUCUCGGUGAUGUGAAACCUUAUUUAUUGACUCGUGAGCGAAGAGGAGGAGUCCAGCUGGUCAGCUGACCCCACGGCCUUCCAGACACGGAGCGUCUGAUUGUUGUGCGGGACUCGCUCAUCAGGGGCCGAGUCUCGCUUGAACAGGAAAUGACAUGAAUAUAAUGUGUACAUAUAAAUGAAAGGUGAUGUACUUUUUACUAUGUAAUAAAUAUAAUGUAAAGAAAGUG